AUGGACUCUUCCGACAGCAAUAAACGGUUGAAAUCCGCAUCAGGCGCACCAAUCAGCAUGACAGGCGCAGCCAGUCUGCCCGUCUAUCAGCCCCCGCCGCAAAUCACAAACCCCAAUYGUCCCCGCCCGACAGCCUCCGUAUCCAAACCCAACACUCAACCAGGUUCCACAUCUCUCCGAUUGACCGUCAAGGCUCCCCCAAGCAAACUCCGCCAGGCGACCUCCGGGUCAGCAAUUCCUCCCAACCCAUAUGCAGACCAGAGUGAAAGCGAUGAUACCCCUGCUCCACCCGUAAGAACUGCCCGCGCGACUCGGAACCCAAAGGUGGUUGUCGAUCCGGAUUCCGAUGAGGAUGAAGAAGAGGAGGAAGGGGAGGAGAUGAUGGAGGAGGAGGAAGAGGAUAGUGAAGCUGAUGCUGAAGGCGAGGAGGACGAAGACAUGGAAGAUCAUCCUCCUCCACCUGUGAUCAAACAGCAAAGAGCGGCGGGAGGAAGCAAACCUCAAGUCACCGUUCGAGUGCCCAACGAGGGACCUCUCAAAUCUGUCGAGGACAAGGAGAUGGACGACGAGGAUGAAGACGAGGAGCUGUCUGAGCUAGAUUCGGGAGAUGAACUGGGGAAUGACAUGGACGAAGGGGAAGAUGAAGAUGGAGAGGAACUCGACAGUGAGAGCAAUAAUGGUUCGAGAAGCGUCACUCCGGAUUUGACAAAACUUACAAAACGCCAGCGGGGAGCCUUUGAGGAGGACCCUGCGUUGAUGGCUUUGAGUAAUGAGGCGUUGAAGAAGAAGCAUCUCACUGCGGAAGAGCAUGUUCAACGAAGAGCGGAAAUGGCGCGACGGAGGAAGAAUUUGAGCGAGAAGCGGAAUGAGGAGGAGAAGAUGGAAACCAUCAACAAACUCCUGCAAAAACAAGCUCCCAAGAGGAGAACUCGGGCGGAAAUCAACGCCGCCAAUGCCGCUGCCGAGGAGGAAGAAGGUGAGGAUGAAGAGGGAAGACCUAGAGUCAACCCGCUCUUCACGAGGUGGUCACAUAACAAGGAGGGGAGUAGAUUGGGUGUUCCCGGAGAGUGGAUGUCUGGGCCUAUUGGGGAAGUCUUCAAGGGGAAUGGGGGUGGGAGAAUGGUGGAGGAGGUCUCUUGA